UAUACGAGCUCUCCCUGAAUACAAAUGACGAACUAACAGCACCACUGCGACUUUUUAACUUGUGUUUUUUUCCGGAGAAGCAACAGGGAGCCGUUUGAACAGGUUUGAAUCGUUAAAUAAGCAAAGUGGGACGCUAGUUUUUUUUGUUUACAUACCUUUGUUUAUCCCUACGCACGUUGUUUUAACUUUUCCUCUGGUGACAGCAACUUUUGAAGGCUGUCAUCGAUAUUUUUCUUCGAUGAUAUGACUUUUCACUUGUGAAUACAACGUUUUUCAUGUAUGAAAUGGGAUUUACGGGCACAAGGGAAGUAUUGUGGGACUGUGAGUUUGUUUCAGUCGAAAAAUCAGCCUCCUGAACCUGCUAGGAUACUUUAGCCUCUUUAUUUUUUAUUAUCCAUGGAGUCUGUUGGGAAGUUUGAGUUCAGCAGGAAAGACCUGAUUGGUCACGGUGCCUUUGCAGUUGUGUUCAAAGGCAGACAUAAAGAGAAACGUGACUGGGAAGUUGCUGUGAAGUGUAUCAACAAGAAAAACUUGGCCAAAUCACAAGCUCUUCUUGGCAAAGAAAUCAAAAUAUUGAAGGAACUCAAACAUGAAAAUAUUGUUAGACUGCUGGACUAUCAGGAAAUGGGGGGAUGUGUGUAUCUUGUCAUGGAGUACUGCAACGGAGGUGACCUGGCCGAGUAUCUUCACUCCAAGGGCACGUUAAGUGAGGACACCAUCCGCGUAUUCUUACAGCAGAUCGCUCAAGCCAUGAAGGUUCUGCAGAGCAAAGGCAUUCUCCACAGAGACCUGAAACCCCAGAACAUCUUGCUCUGCCACACAGAGGGGCGCAGGUCCAGUCCCAUCAACACCUGCAUUAAGUUAGCUGAUUUUGGGUUUGCACGUCACCUCCAGACAAACACUAUGGCAGCAACGCUGUGUGGCUCUCCCAUGUACAUGGCACCGGAGGUCAUCAUGUCCCAGAACUACGAUGCCAAGGCUGAUCUGUGGAGCAUAGGCACUAUCAUCUACCAGUGUCUGACCGGAAAGGCACCAUUUCAUGCCAGCACACCACAGGAGCUCCGUCUCUUCUAUGAAAGCAACAGGAACCUCUUACCCAGCAUCCCAAAGGAGACUUCGAGUAAACUAAGACAUCUACUGUUGCGGCUCCUUCAGAGAAACCACAAAGAAAGGAUAAGCUUUGAUGAGUUUUUCCAUCAUCCUUUCUUGGAGACGAGCUCAUCUACAAAGAAGUGCUCUCCAGCUCCCAUGCUCUCCUACCCCAGUUCUGGCUCAGGCAGCUCCUCUAGCAGCUCCUCAACAUCCCAUCUGGCCUCCCUUCAACAUUCCAAUGGGGAGAUGCACCGACUUCAGCCCAAGGUACAGUGCUCCCCUGCACAAGAUACCCCUGACUUCCUGCUGAAAGAAAUAGCCAAUCGAGAAAGCAGGAACACCUCAUCUUACACAGAAGACUAUGUCAUGGUCCCUGCUCAGUAUACCAGUGACUACAUAUGUGAGGAAGGUGGGUCACCCAUUGAGAGUUGCCUGAUAUACAGUGGGACCUCACUACUGGCUGAAAGAAGUCCCGGAGUUGCAGGCAGGAUGCCUCCUCCAUCUCCUGUGCCCCUCAAGCUUACUAGCAAGACUGUUGGAUUCAACAGCAGUAACCGCUGUCGCUCGGAGCCCAUUCCUGUCCCAACUCAGAUCCGAAACUACCAGCGUAUGGUGCAGCCUGUAGGCCUUCAUGGCUCCACCAGGGUCACACUCUGCUGUGCUGGGAGCAGCAAUGAAAGCUCACCACGAUAUGGAGGGAGUAGAUCUCCAGCUUCAGGUGUCAACCCCUGCUCUUCAAGGCUGGCAACUGGAGGAGCCAGACCGCUGCAGUCUUCUCCACUUGUGGCAACUACCCCAAAGAUCUCAGAGCAGACUCUUCCUCUCUGCACAAGAACUGGACGGUUUGCUGUCUCUCCGGACAUGCAAGACACUUUCAGCCCCAAGCAGGUUCAAUCAAGGAUGCCCAACCGAAGCACGACAGCCCCAGACCUGCAGUCCCUUGACAUGUCUCCUGCUUCCCAGAUCAACUUCAGCAGGAAUUCACCCAAUAAAAAUGGCCCUUUUAAAAGAUCACUUAGCACAUGCAAGCUGUCCGACGUGCUUCUUAAGGCUGCCAUUGGAGCUCAACUUCUGGAUGAAGGAAGUGACGAGAGCCUUGGCUAUGAGAAGAGCAUGGACAUCAUAGCUCCACCUACUGGUUGUCAUGCAGGAUUUCCUUCCCCUGACGGCUCACCUGCUGUAGUAUUCAAUAUGGGUUUUUCACCCAAAGAAAACACUCCUCCUGAUGCCAUGGUACCAAGGAUGUUAACAGGCUCCCCCAACUACAUUAACUCAGCCUGGCUACUCAACAGUCGUCCUCUUCAGCGAGAAAGUCGAAGUCGUACAAACAGUGAGACUGAAGCUAUGGAUGCUACUCCACACUGCAGUGUGGUCUUUCACCCUCCAGAGCUCCCUGAAGAUACACUGAUGGAGCAAGCUCACACAGAUGCUCUGAGUGACCUCCGUUUCACCUUGGCUUUUGUCCACUGUGUCAUGGAAUUGGCUUCUUCUAAGGAACCGGGGCUGGAUACAAUCAACAGUCCUGAUGUUUCCUUUUUAGAGCAGAGUUUGGUGACAGAUCAGAUCAGCCUCUUAAGUAAAGAGUGGAGCUAUGCAGAGCAGUUAGUGUUGUACAUGAAGGCUGAAGAGUUUCUGUCAGCAGCACUGCACACUGCUAAAGGGAAUAUCAAAGAAGGCAGACUCCUUCCCUCUGCCACUGUCAAACAAGUUAUCAGGAAGCUGAAUGAGUUGUACAAGACCUGCGUAACAUGCUGUCGCUCCCUCACCACUCGGCUUCAGAGUUUCCUGCUUAACAAACAGAAGCUUAUGGACCGCUUCAAUGGACUCACAGCAGAGAAGCUCAUCUACAACCACACUGUGCACAUGGUAAAGGCUGCAGCUUUGGAUGAGAUGUUCCACUACGGUACAGCAUAUGUCCAGCGCUACCAUAAAGCCCUUCUACUGAUGGAGGGUCUGUCCCGAGUCAUCACAGAGCAAAAGGACAUUGACAGCAUUGAUAAAUGUAAGCAGUGUAUUGAGCGACGUAUUUCAGCUCUGCAGACUUAACUGAGCCCUGCAACUACAUUUCUUUCCUCAUCCAUCUCCCCUCAAUGUACAGUAGAUGGAUCCUCCAAGAUUGUUGAUACACAGAAGCACUUUGAUCUUUCUUAAGGGAAAUGACCACUGGAGCAUCCGCUCCUGUCCCACCACCCAGUCUAUAAUCCUGACAUUUGCACAGAAAAGACUGGAAGUCCUAUUUAGGACACUUUCUUGAAGACAGACUGUUUUAUGAUUGUUUGAAUACUUUGAUCAGGUAACAUUUUCUCAGUAUUUGUUUUGUUACAAACAUGAUAGUGUGUUGUUUUGUGUUUUGCACAUAGAGUAAUCAGAUCAAAUUAUAAAUGAUUUUAAAUGUGUUGUACUUGAAACAAAGAUUACUUAGUUAGGUUGUUUUCUGUAUUUGAAGCUUUUGUGUUGUGUGUACGGUAAAAGUUCACCAGCCCACAGCAGUCAAAAGAUCUUGAAUGAGAUGACCAAAUAUUGCCAAUGUGUAGCAAUACUAGAAAACUGUGCCUGCUUUGUUAUCUUACAGUAGAGAUUUAAAGGUAAUGAGAGUAUGUUUUGAUGUCACACAGAACACCUGUCUUACAGUCAUGUAGACUUGCAUCAUGAAAUGUAUUAAGUAUAUCUUGACAACUGAAUGAGAUUUCAGUUUUACAACUGAUCCAACAAAGCCCUCCCUCAGGUAGUGAUGUACUCAAUAAUGAGAUGCUUUAAGUGACAUUAACUGCAUGCCACAUUUCUUGUGUUUAUGUGUUGUAAGUGUGCACAUCGGUUUUUAUUUUUCACCUGUGUUGAGUUUGGCAUUACAGAAUUUACAGAAUUACAGAAAAAAAAAGUGUUAAUUUAUGAAUUAAUUCAUACAUUAUUUUUGGCUGAUAAUACUGGUUCAUUAGAAUGCAAUAUUUAGUGAAAAUGUUGUGUUAAAACAGAAGUUUGUUUUUGAAUUUAUCAGAAUGCCUUUUCUACUGUUACUUUAUGACUGCCAGUCAAAUUUGCCAAAAUGAAUUGUUACACACUGUGUGAUGAAAAUAAAUAUUUAUUGUCAAAA